AUGGCCCGUCGACCGCCUCAGCCGCUUCCGCAGGCGAUGAUGACGUCCGACGAGCUCGACUGGCUGGUCUACUCGUAUCUGGAGGAGAGCGGCUACCACCACACCUCGUUCUCGCUCCUGCACGAGUCCUCACUCGCCGGUCCCUCUUCCUCCUCCCAUCAUUCGUCCACGAACGCCUCGCCUCAACCGAACGGUCGCUCAUCGGCAGAACCAAGUCGAAACCCGGUGAUGGACCAGGUCGUCCCUCCAGGACACCUCGUCAGACUGUUGCAGAAGGGGUUGUUGUACCUCGAGGCGGAAGCGCGGUAUAGAGGCGACGCGCCAGAUCCGCCCCCACGAAUUAUCGGUUAUCCUAUCCCUAACUCGCUUCCACUCCCGCCUCUCCCGAAAUACGUUCCUCCUCCUCCCGCACCUUCCGCACCCGCGCCCAAGUCGGCUUCGGCUACACCACCCGUCUCUGGCACGUCAGCCGCAGCCAUCCUCGAGCCAGCGCCAGCUUCGAAGGACAAGGGGAAGGGAAAGGCGAAAGAGGUGGAUGGCGCACCUCCUGCCACGAGUGGCUCGGUUGCGUCGAAGAAGAAGAAGGCUGCUGCGGCGGAGGAAGACGCAGAUGGUGGUGAAGCGGCGACGAAGAAGGCUCGAGCUGCUUCCGCUGCCGAGGGUGCGGCAGCGGGCAAGAAAGGGAAGGGCAA